GGGGGGCCCUGGGGCCACGGCCGCCAUCCAGGGAGCCCCCGGGGCUGAGGUCGGGGCCAUGUCAACAUUGGCCCCCCUGCGCCUGCUCCGUGAGCCCUGGAACGCCAGCAAGGGCAACCAGAGCAACGCCACGGCCGGGGCUGGAGGCGCCUGGUGCCAGGGGCUCGACGUGCCCAACGAACUCUUCCUCACGCUGGGGCUGGUGAGCCUGGUGGAGAACCUGCUGGUGGUGGCCGCCAUCCUAAAGAACAGGAACCUGCACUCGCCCAUGUACUACUUCAUCUGCUGCCUGGCCGUCUCCGACAUGCUGGUGAGCGUCAGCAACCUGGCGGAGACGCUCUUCAUGCUGCUGAUGGAGCAUGGCGUGCUGGUGAUCCACGCCAGCAUCAUCCGCCACAUGGACAACAUCAUCGACAUGCUCAUCUGCAGCUCCAUCGUGUCCUCCCUCUCCUUCCUAGGGGUGAUCGCCGUGGACCGCUACAUCACCAUCUUCUACGCCCUGCGCUACCACAGCAUCAUGACGCUGCAGCGGGCCGUGGUCACCAUGGCCAGCGUCUGGCUGGCCAGCACCGUCUCCAGCACCGUCUUCAUCACCUACUACCGCAACAACGCCAUCCUCCUCUGCCUCAUCGGCUUCUUCCUCUUCAUGCUGAUCCUCAUGCUGGUGCUCUACAUCCACAUGUUCGCCCUGGCCCGCCACCACCUGCGCAGCAUCUCCAGCCAGCAGAAGCACCCCGCCGUCUACCGCACCAGCAGCCUGAAGGGAGCCGUGACGCUCACCAUCCUGCUGGGCGUCUUCUUCAUCUGCUGGGGGCCCUUCUUCUUCCACCUCAUCCUCAUCGUCACCUGCCCCACCAACCCCUUCUGCACCUGCUUCUUCGGCUACUUCAACCUCUUCCUCAUCCUCAUCAUCUGCAACUCGGUGGUCGACCCCCUCAUCUACGCCUUCCGGAGCCAGGAGCUCCGGCGGACGCUGCGGGAGGUGGUGCUGUGCUCCUGGUAGGCACCGGGACGGACAGACGGACAGAUGGACGGACAGACGGACGGACAGACGGACGCGUCCCUCCCCGACCCGGCCGGGUGCCGGGGGGGCUGCCCGGCCUCGCGGUACCGAAUAAAGGCUCUUUGCAGUG